UCCAUUGCCCUCAACCUUCACAGAGAUGCCAAGGAAGUCGAGGCGGUCUGUGGUGUUGAAGCAGCGCUGGAGGAAGCUCAACCUGGAAGAGCUGAGGUCUUCCCCCACCCCCCGGAGACGGUGUCCCCCCCGGCUGGAGAGGAGCCUUCCAGAGGGUCAAGGACCAAGAGGACCAGGGAGACCCACCCCCCCUGCUCCCGAGCUCCAGUCGGCAACGCAGUUGGAUCCUCACCCCCAGCCAAGCCUUUCUGGAGCCCGGAGGAUGUACAAGUUCGUGCACGCCGCGGUACCGGUUACCGCCAUCUGGUGGAGACGUGGCCAACUUCGAAGCUCACUGGACGGAGCCACCAGUUGGUCAUCCCACCGGAGUCUCCUGGCAAGCAGUUUGUUCUGAUUGUCGGGGACUCCCAUCUCCGGGCCAUCGUGGACGAUUUCGCCAAGAUGCCAGAAGGAAAGUUUUCUUUUGGUAUCAUGUCGACCCCUGGGGCCCAUGCUGCUCAGCUGCGCACUGAGGUCCUACAUGCUAAGGUUCCUCGAUCCCCUGAUGCUGUUUGUGUUCUUGCUCCUAGCAACAACCUGACAGCGAGCAGGACCGUUGACGAGGCAGCCGUCGACUACGCCCGAUUCCUCACUGCUGUGAGGAGCCGCUGGUCGGAGGAGCCGCUGGCCGGAGGUCUUUGUGGUGGACUUCCCCCCCCCCGCCUGAACGAGGAUGAGGAGCACCAGAGGGCCCUUCGCCAUGCGUACCAUCGCGUGACAGCUCGUAUGGGUUUGAGGUACUUCUCUGUGGAGGAGUACUUCCCCCGUACGCGCUUGGAUCUGUGGAGCAGAGACGGCGUUCACCUGAGCGACCGUGAGGGGAUGGGGAUCCUCACCCAGCUGCUGUGGGCCUCCACUGAGCAGUUCCUCGAGACACCACCACCACCUCCCCCUCCCCCGGUGUCUCCUACUCCUUCACAGCCGCUUAGGAAGGUUUCUCCUAAGCUGGUUGUGAAGGGAGAGGUACGUGCUCCUCUGUCUCCUGACCCCUUCCAGUGGAAGGUCGUUGGUCAGAGCAGCAAGCCGCAGGUUCCUGGUCCGGCCAGCGUGGCUCAGCAGCAGGAGAAGGAGUCCUUCCUUCCACUGAACCCACGGUGGUUUAGUAGCACGACCCUUUGUGCUAUGGAGGAAGUGUCUCCUUCUCAGCUGUCUGAUGUGGUGGACGUCCCAUCUCCUCCAGCGCGCAAGAAGGUGGCCUCCCCAGCGGCAGCCAGGCGUCAUAGGACCACGGAGAGACGCCCCCCCUGCCACCAGUCUCCUGUGAACAACCAGGUUGGAUCCCCUCCAGCCAGGCUGUCACGGAGACUGGAGGACGACGGCCCCUCCAGCCCGGUUCCUCUGUCCAGGACCACAGAUGGAACACCCCCCCGCACCCAAACUUCAGUGACCAACCAGCUGGUUGGAUCCCCUCCAGUCAGGUUGUCCUGUAGUUUGGGUGAUCCGACGACCCCCUGCUGUUCACCGGUUGCGAAGGUGGCCAGGAUGAAGACCCCUUCACCGGUUGGACCAUCCCAGACCAUUAAAGCUGCCUGUCACUCUCCUCGCCCAGUUAAGGUGAACCACUCUCAGGCCGUCAACUUGACCCCCACACAACUAUGGGUUGUGGUCCAUGAUGAUGGGACAAUUUUAGCGGCUCACUGCACCUGCAAAGCAGGACUGGGAGAAGCAAGCAUCCUUACUAGUAGAGAGUGAAAGCAUCUUUGACAAUCUGCAGAUAACAGAGCAAGAGUUCACGAAGAAGAAUCCAGCUCCAGCAGGUGAUGAUGGACGAAUUAGCCCUGCCUGGAAGGCAGAGAUGUAAUCAGUCAUGGCUUUUCGUUCCGGGCCCGAAAUGGAGUACAGGCGCCCUUUAGGAACGGUGGAUCCCGGAAUUAAGUCGAUGGCACAGUCGUAAGGGCGAUGUGGAGGGAGAGACAGAGCUUUGCAGAGAUUUGCUGAAAACUUCCUUGAGAUGGUGGUAGCAAGGUGGAACCGUGGUCUGGUCCGGGUAAUCCGAGUCUGAGACAGGAUUGGCAGAGAACAGAAUGCCCAUCGACAUCGACAUCAAGAGACAUCAAGUGCUGGCAGGAGUAAGUGUGAGUAUUUCUGUUAGAAUAUAGUUUAACAGUUUUCCCAUCUGUGUUGGCUGCAAAAAAUCUGUGAUUCGAAGGUGCAUCAUGUGUCAUAAUUUUUCAGCGGUAAUUUUUUCAUUCAUGCUGUCUCCACUACUUGUCGCAUGUGCACUGAAAUGUGUUAAUCUAACAAUGAUAGGCUUUUACUAUGAAAGUGGAAUUGUCAAAUCAAACCUGUUACACUACACUGGGUACACAUGUAUGUAUGUAUGUAUGGUACAUGUCUUUUGGAGACUGACUUUGCUAUUUAGUUUUUUCCCUCUACAGGUUUUGCUGUGGAGUGUCUGUUCAGGGCCAAGUUGAAUGUGACCACAAGACUGAUGGGUCUUGUGAUGUGUGCUACGUUUGUUUCUAUGUGAUAAACAAACAUCUAACACUCAGACCUUUCCUGGCUUUUGUUACAGAUGGCGUCAAUUUAUCAUGAAACUCCAUUUGGAAAUGUGUAAUUACUUCUUAAACACUGCUGUUACACAGGGUGGCUGUGGGUAACUCUGAAAUCACCACUUUGGUGUGAGCGCCCUCCUCAGGCCACGGCAG